UCUAAAUGAAACUUGAUGAGGGCCCGUCCUUAGUUAUCAGGGGAGUCAGUUUCUGGUCAGUCUUCUUGAUUCAUCUCUUUUAGAUUUAAUCAGCAUUAAGGUAUUGCUUGUCCUUAAGAGCUUUAGCUAAUGGGGUUACUGGAUGCUUUUCUCAGUGUAAUGUUUCCUUUUCAAAAAAAAAAUACAUAUAUAUUUACCUCUCACUAAAGAUGGGGGCGGGGAAGAGCUUGGAAUCUCCUCCCUCUCUCUCCUUUUAAAAAGGAAUUCAGAGCGAUUAAAACGUUGGGGGAAACAGUUUAAAGACCUAGGGCAGGAAAUGCAGAUUCAUUUGGGUUAGGGCUGAAAUUGUAACAAAAAGCAAUUCCUCGAGUAAAUGCAUCAGAUAAAUCAAUUUACAUAAAGGUAUGAUGCAUUCGGAUAAAUGCAAUGCUAAUGGGUUUUAGAGUGGUCCUGUUUCCAAAGUCUCAGGGUUUUGUUACAGCUUAAUUGGUGCAGUUCUUAUUCUGGUUUAUUGUGCGGUCACUGGACACACGUUCCGGGACUCUUUCGGAGGAAAUGUGUUUAAAAUCGGCCUAUUUAAGGAACCCGAGUCCUUGUUUCGUUCCUUCCUCGUUUUUUUGCAGCAGCCAAGUUGGGCCGGGUACAGGCAAAGUUCGCCUUCUUCUGAGGUAUCAGCUGAAUGUCUUGAGCAGAUAGCCGGGAGCCUCAGGGGGAGCCCACACUCUCAGCUUACGGAGGACAAAGACAAAACAGGCUGCUUAAUUGGCAGUAAAUAACUUGAUCUUUUUACAGAAUAAGUGACUAGAGGAACACUAGGACUUUAUUGGACUCGGGAUUGAAGGCAACAAAUUAAUCGGUUUAGGCUAAGCUUUAUAAAUUGAUUCCUAUAUUAUAUCCCAGUUGCAUCUCUUGUGGCAUUCAUUAGAGUGGGGAAUUCUUUUUUAAAGCAGUUUUUGGUGACAGCAGGACGGGCUCGAAUUUAACUUGUGCAUCCCUUAAUGGUGCCUUCUCGCACAUUAUCUGUAACGCCGCCCCCCCCCCUUUUGGAGGAACAAAGCUUUAGCAUUUAAAUUGCUGAUCAAGGGCAGAUUAGUGAGACCAAAGUGGAGAGUGUUUGUAUAGGAAGUUAACAGGCAUCCUAAAGUUCAAUGAUCUAUUAUUCUUGCCUGUGUCCUGAAAACCCAGAGAAAACACUCAUUGAUCUUCAAAAUGAAAUGAGAUUUGGAACAAUAAUGGGAGAUGGCGGUCACCACAAUGGCAUGUGAAAGGUGCUGCUUAAAAUACGAAAAACCAGUUUCGCAACUUUACACACUGCACCCCCCCCCCCCCCCCCCCGUCACCUUGCCUUCCCUCCCAUCACCACGCUCUCCGUCUCCCGUCUGCCGGUCCCUCCCUCGUUCCUUUUCGGAAAACCGAACUAUUUCCAACUUGUGAACUGCAGCUGCACUUCCCGGGGCAGAACCCGGGAGGGAACGAGGCUCCGGCGGGGCCGCCGCCUCCCCACUCCUCUCGGCUCUGUCCCGGGGCCUGGCGAGGGCUGGGGAGGGGCCGGGCGCGGCGGUGGACCAUGGUGAAUCCGGGCAGCAGCUCGCAGCCGCCCCCGGUGACGGCCGGCUCCCUCUCCUGGAAGCGGUGCGCAGGCUGCGGGGGCAAGAUUGCGGACCGCUUUCUGCUCUAUGCCAUGGACAGCUAUUGGCACAGCCGGUGCCUCAAGUGCUCCUGCUGCCAGGCGCAGCUGGGCGACAUCGGCACGUCCUGUUACACCAAAAGCGGCAUGAUCCUUUGCAGAAAUGACUACAUUAGGUUAUUUGGAAAUAGCGGUGCUUGCAGCGCUUGCGGACAGUCGAUUCCUGCGAGUGAACUCGUCAUGAGGGCGCAAGGCAAUGUGUAUCAUCUUAAGUGUUUUACAUGCUCUACCUGCCGGAAUCGCCUGGUCCCGGGAGAUCGGUUUCACUACAUCAAUGGCAGUUUAUUUUGUGAACAUGAUAGACCUACAGCUCUCAUCAAUGGCCAUUUGAAUUCACUUCAGAGCAAUCCACUACUGCCAGACCAGAAGGUCUGCUAAAAGGUCAGAGUAAUGCAGAAUGCGUGCCUUCAUCUCAGAUUUGUUCAUCACAGGUGGAUCCCAUGUGUCUUCAGUAGACAAGUCACCUUUGUAGCUAGCACCAGUGCCAGCUCCAUGCCAUUGCACCUUCUUUAGUCUUGAUUGCCCUUCCCGCAUUUAUUGGUGUAUUAAAAUGACUGAAUAUGAACAUUAAGGACUCCAUGAACCUGGGCUAAUGGGAGACUGUAGAGAAAAUGAAAAAAGAUCCACCAGAGGACAUCUUGUGGGGGGAGGGAGCUGGGGGGGAGGGAAAUGACUAAUGAAGCUAAUUAAAAAGAAGCAUUCAAAUCUGCUUUCUACCCUCAUUAACAAUUAGCAGGGCACUGGCCAGAGUUUGUACCCUGUGUUUUACCUUAACAACAUUCUGUUUGCUCUUUGUAUAUUUAAGUGUUGUAAGGAAACGUGUUUCAAUCAAAACUGACCAUGAGAUAAAGGAAAGAGAUGUGGCUUUUGUGAUAUUCUAUCACAAACACUUAUUGUAUCUCUGUAAAAUACAAUGUAUGUAUGCAUGUAAGUGUUUUUGUCCUAAUGUUGCUACUCCCAUGGCAAAGAAAAAAAAAAGAAUGAAAAAAAGAAAAAAAAUUGGAAAAAAAAAUCAGGCUCAUAGCAGCUACUGUGUAGAAAAUUCCCCCUACUUCUAAUUUGCUGAAUGAAGAAAAAAAAAUCUUUUAUUUGUGAUAUUUUCAGAGACAUUUGCUCUAGUAUGGUGUAUUUAAAUAAUAAAAACUUAAAAGAAAAAAUAUAUAA